AUGCUACCUGUUGUCAUCAUCGGAGGCGGUCCCAUUGGACUUGUCUCAUCUAUCCUUUUGUCUCUUCAGAAAGUGCCCCACGUCCUCUAUGAGCGCUAUCCGUCCACAUCCGUCCAUCCUAAAGCUUGUGGCUUAAAUCAACGUACACUCGAAAUCUUUCGACACAUUGGCGUUGAAGACGAAGUGCUGAAAGAAGGCGCCCCGGACAACACCUACAGCCGAACUGCUUGGUAUACUAGCCUGGGCCCAAAUGGAAGAGAGAUCCAUUCCAGAGAUGCAUGGGGAGGUGGCAGAUAUCGGCCUUCGUUUGAAGAUGCCAGUCCUUCGUCCUAUGUCAUGCUGCCCCAGAUCCGUCUCGAGCCAAUCUUGCAGCGUCGCGCUUUGGAGCUGAAUCCCGAUGGGAUCAAAUAUUCCUCGGAGGUUUUGAAGGUCGAAGAGAAUUCAAACAGCGUUAUUGUUAAGGUGCGGGGCCCAGAUGGAGUCGCCUUUGAUGUGGAAGCGAAAUAUGCACUAGGGGCAGAUGGAGGAAGAAUGGUGACAGACUGGCUUGGCAUCCCAUGGGAAGGCGAACAUGACAUCUUCGAUAUGGUGUCUGCCCAUUUUAAAGCACCCCUGAGUCUUCAUCAUCCUGAGUCAAGGGCUUUCAUAAGCUGGUUCAUCAAUCCAGCAACGGGAGGUAGCAUCAAAUCUGGUUACAUGUACCACUUAGGUCCGUAUCCCCAAAAGCCAGAGACCGAAGAGUGGUAUUUUGGAUGUGCCAUGCUUCCAGACGAUCCCGAUCGAUUUGAUACAGCUUCUAUGAUUAAAAGAAUUUCGAAAACACUCGGCGUGACUGACUUGAAUAUUAACCUAUUAAGUAUCAGUCAUUGGAUGGUUGCUAGUAUCGUAGCCCAAAGGUUCCGGAGCAAACUUAACCGCGUGUUUCUGGUUGGUGAUGCCGCCCACCGUAUUCCCCCUUGGGGUGCCUUGGGAGUGAACACAGGCGUGCAGGAUGCUUUUAACUUGAUCUGGAAGCUUGCAUUUGCUCUACGGGGUGAUCAAAAAGACGUCGACACACUGCUAGACUCUUAUGAAGCUGAGCGUCGCCCAAUCGCCCUACGCGUUGCCCAGUCAAGUCUGCUGAAUCUGAAGAGCCAUGCUGGUGUUAUGGAUAGGGCUAUUGGUCUAUCUGUGGAACAAACAUACGAGGAAAAUAGUGCUGCCAUUGAUAUAUCCCUUGAUCCCACCAGCAAAGAGUAUCCACAGAGACAGGUCCUCAUUGGCAAAGCUCAAGAGAUCUUGGAUAGUGAGUUCGGUGCUCAUGGGACAGAAGUUGGAUGGUUCUACCCCUCGGUGGAUGUCAAGGGAGAAGGAAAAAAGAACAACCAUGACGGACAGAUCAAGCCGGAUGGGACCUUCGAUGAGCUGAUUUACCAUCCUUCUACAAUCCCCGGUCAUCACGUUCCUCACGCUUGGCUACAGCGGGCUGAUAUGACUGUCUCUACCAGAGACUUGAUUGUCCCCACUCAAUUCGUUCUAUUUACUCAAACAGUAGGCGCUUGGGAUUGGGCCCAAAGCACCCUUGUGAAGAUUGAAGUGAUAGACGCAGGGGAUGGGUGGACAGACCGAGAUGGCGUUUGGCAAAAGGUUUGCAAUGUCAGCAAAUAUGGUGCUAUUUUGGUUCGUCCAGAUGGUAUUGUCGCGUGGCGUGGAGAAGGAUGCGACUCUACACUGUCUGCGCUCUUGAAGCAACUAAAUUCUGCCAAUCCUGUUUCGAGCUCCCUGUGA